AUGAGCCACUUCGAGGGUACACCUAUAGUGUUGUGUAAUUGGCUCUUACCUGAUCCUAACUACUCGCUAACUAGCCUCGCUGCCAGGGGCUGCCACAUUCACGGCACCGCUCUAAAUCAUCCACUUCACGACCCCAGAGAUGCGAUCUAUGGACUAACUCGACGAGAUCAGGUCUUGAUCUUUCGCUUACGAACUGGACACAACAGGCUCAAAGCUCACCUAUUCAAAUGCAUCACCCGACUACAUCUAUGGCUAAGACUUUAUUUAAAAAGAAAGGAAGAUGAGAGAGGUCUCAUAUUCAUUGAAGAGGCGUGCCGGAAACAAGAAAUGACCCUCAGAGAGUACUUCAAACAAAGUGAAGUACCUUUUCAUUGGAUAAUGUGCAAUCUCGACUAUGGACACACAACAUUACAAUUAGCCACUCCAGAAACUACUGCAUCCGGUGCUUCGAAGAGGCAGCUCGGGAGAGGUGGGCUGAUAUCCUGCUUCUCCUUAACUCAUAAAAUAUUACAGAAAACAGAACGAAAUGGACUGAUUUUGCGAAAUGCGGCAAGGCGUGGAAAACGGAUUUUCCGAAUUGCUACCUGGAACAUUCGAGGUCUAACCGGAAAGGAGAACGAGCUUGCAGAGGAAGUUAAGAGGGCCAAAGUGGAUCUGAAUCACCGAGACCAAGAAGAAAGGAAAGGGAGAAUUUAA